GAGCUAAUUGGUUAAUGUAAAACGAACGUCAUAAAAACUUUAUCCCAUGCAUGAUGCUAAGUAUGUAACAGCUGGUUUAAAACUAGCGCUUAGGCUAGUGUUAAAAUGUAAAAACAUCGAAUAACUUCUCCAAAAGAUGGCUGGAACGACGACCAUGGAUAAUGGGACUAAAAGUCCGCUCAAGAUCAUUGUCAACAUAUUUAUAUCAUUUAUAGGAGCGGGAAUAUUAGGAUUACCUUAUGCAUUCAAAGAAAGUGGUUUACUUGAAGGCAUAUUCAUAAUGAUACUAGUAUCAGUUUUCAGCACAAGAGCUAUGAUGCUUAUUAUUCAAUGCAAGUAUAAAAUCCUAGGAAUAAAUAUUACAAAUGGUUCCUUAAGACAUGCUAUACCAAUGGAAGAAAAAUAUGAUUUAACAAGGAUUAAAAAAUGGGAAGAAAUUAAACAAUUACUUUUAACUACAGAUGAAGAACAAGAUUGCAUGCAAAUGGUAAUAAAUGAAUAUGUGCAGUCAAAAAGUUCUAGGACUGGUCCAAUGAAAAUGUCUGAAGUACAUGUUAAUUCAUUGAGAGUUGUUGCCUUCAAAAAAACUCCUUCUUCUGUAGCAUUCAGUUUUAAAAACAUUCCUGGAAUAUAUCUUCUGGGAACUCUUUCUGUGGUCACAUUACUUUACAUUGCAUUUGGAGUGUCUGGUUAUAUGUUCCUGGAUGGUACAGUUGAUUGA